AUGGCUAGGGUCCUACGAUACAUCGAAUACUUCCUUGGACGGCUGCUCUACAACGUCAAGGGGCAUGACUCCCUGCUCUUCACGAAACAAGAGCCUUUCAAGGCCAUCCCUCGGAACAUCGACGUCGUGGCACCAGAGAUCGGACCCGAAGGCGCACAGAUGGGGAACGAGUAUAGCAUGUUCGGCGGCUCGAAAUUCCCAGAACUGACGUGGUCGCUCGCGCCGCAGGCAGGCUCCUCAAUCUUGGCGAAGGACGAGAUCAAGGAGUACAUCCUCAUCUGUGAGGAUCCCGACGCGCCGAUCCCGAAUAUGGUCUCUCUCCAUGGGAUAUACUACAGCAUUCCGCCGGAGAAAACGCAUGUUGCCUCGGAUGACAUCAGCCUUGACUCGACUGUGUCGGUGAAAUCUGCCAAUCAUGAUAAUGGUGCUCGCAACAAAGCCAAAUGGUUGAAAGGCGGAUUUCGGCUGGGCAAGAACGCCCUGGGAACGGUCUAUGGUGGAGCCCGUCCGCCUGUCGGGCACGGUGGACAUCGAUAUUUCUAUCAAAUUGUGGCCUUGAAGGAGAAGCUGGACACCAGCCGCCUCUCACCUGUGGCGACAAAACCGGAGAUCCUGGACGAGAUUCGAGGCAAAGUUGUGGGUUGGGGGUUCUGGUACGGGGUGUAUGAAAAUAAAUGGUAG